CUCCCCCUGGCUAGUACACUGUGCUCAGAGUGAAAGCCUCCAAGGAGCACUCAGACAAAACACCAGCAGCUGUGAGGUGCAACUCCUUCUUCUGACACCCACAGCCACAAAGACAUUUGAAACCAGAGCAGCACAUGUUCAAGGGCACUGUUAUCAGUUUCCUCUCUAGUUUUGCGAAUAUUUUGCGGUGACUCCCACCCCCCCAAAAAAGACCAAUUGACCUGAGGAGAAGUUUUCAUUGGAACAAGUACUUAGAAUUUUAAAAAGUAUAUAAAACUUUUUUGGGGGACAACAUGGCACUUCUGCAGAUUUCUGAAAAGGAGCCAAGCAUCGAGUUGUUCAUCAAGGCUGGACAUGAUGGUGAGAAUGUAGGGAACUGCCCGUUCUGCCAGAGGCUCUUCAUGGUCCUGUGGCUGAAAGGAGUGAAGUUUACAGUGACCACUGUUGACAUGAGGAAGAAACCAGCUGAGCUCAAGGACCUGGCCCCAGGGACAAACCCUCCUUUUCUCCUCUACAAUGGCACCCUCAAAACAGAUUUCAUCAAAAUUGAGGAGUUUCUGGAACAAACACUGGCCCCUCCCAGGUAUCCUCAUCUCAGCCCACUAAACAAAGAGUCCUUCGAUGUGGGUGCUGACAUUUUUGCAAAGUUUUCUGCUUUCAUCAAGAACAACCCAAAUAAUGCCUUCCAUGAGAAAAACCUGCUGCGGGAGUUCAAACGCCUAGAUGACUAUCUGAACUCCCCACUCCCUGAGGAGAUUGACCACAACUCGAGCGAAACCAUCAUCUCCAAGAGGAAGUUCCUGGAUGGUGACCUACUCACCUUAGCUGACUGCAACCUGCUACCCAAACUGCAUGUUAUCAGGGUUGCUUCCAAGAAGUACUGCGAGUUUGACAUUCCCGCCGAGUUCACAGGCGUGUGGCGAUACCUUCAAAAUGCCUACGAGAGAGAAGAGUUCAAACAGACAUGUCCAGCUGACAUUGAAAUCGAGAAGGCUUACUUUAACGUGGCCAACCAGAGGAAAUAAACUUUUCAUUCUCUGUAAUCCAUGUUCUGUUUUUACCACAUGUAACCAUGCGUAUAAAGAUCUGUAGAGAGCGUUACAACCUACAAGAAGUAUCUGUGACAGUGAGUCACACACUGGUCCAACUGAAGCACCUUGAAUUGCUGUUGCAGUACAACUUGUGGGCACGCUAAAACAAAGUGUUUUAUUGGUUGUAUCUACUGGCUAUUCCUUCAUUGUCACUAAGCAAAAUUAUGUUUGUAUGCCACAUUGAAAAGGCCAAACGUGCAAUUGACUGAAAAUGUAAUUUAGCAGAUUUGUUGUUGUUGUUUAUAGUGUAAAUACACAUUUUUUCAUUCUUUUAUGACCAAAUACCCCCAUUAAAAAUAUAUUAUAGUGUUAGUGUGAGCAGCAUCUUCACAAACAGUUCAUUUUUAUACAAAACAUGAAAUACACUUUUUGUAUCUUGUACAGUAUGAUGUGGUUAUAUUGUUUCACACUAAUAAAAAACACCUGAUUCACUUGU